UUUCUACUACAAGUGGACAAUUUGCCAGAUUCUUUCUGAUUAUGAAAUUAAUUUAAUUUCAAAUUUUCUUUUUUUAAAAAUGAAAAAGAAAAAGAAAGAGGAAGAUGUUUACUCUUUAUCCGGUUGUGGGUUCAAACUUAAAAAAAGACAGUUUUCUAAAACCUCAGGAAGUGUGUGUUUCUGUUAUUCUGUUUCAUUGGUUGUAGGAGUGCAUGUCUCAACUGGGAGAUCCGGCCAUUAAGCUCUUCGGUAGUAAUAUUCCGUUGACUGACUCUCAGAUUCCGUCAGUUUCUCUUCAACUCUCCGACUCUGACUGUCCCACUCCGUCAAUUCCUCCACUCAUGUAUGAAUGUGAAGCAACAACAAAGGCAGAAGUGGAUGAGCAUCUCAUCGAAAAGCCUUGCAAGGGGGAUAUUCCUUCUGGUUUAGAUAAUCAAGAAGAUAUCAAGUGCCAAAAUCAUCCACUGGAGAAUGAGGCCAAUGUUGAUAAAAAAUCUGAGGAAGACCAAGUUACUAACAGUGAAAUUGGUGAGCAAGAGAAGGUUUUAAAGAGGCCAAACAAGAUCCUCCCUUGUCCUCGUUGCAAUAGCUUGGAGACGAAGUUUUGCUACUUCAAUAAUUAUAAUGUAAACCAACCUAGAUACUUUUGCAGGAAAUGCCAGAGAUAUUGGACAGCUGGGGGAACAAUUAGAAAUGUUCCUGUUGGGGCUGGAAGGCGCAAGAAUAAGCAUUCAUCUUCACAGUGCCAUCAGGUAGUGGUGCCCCCUAAUGUAGUAUCAGUCACCAGAGCAGACACCCUUACCUCUGCCAGCAGUCAGCAUCACUCAUGUACAGGACUUCCUUCCUUCUCAAAGGGAACUGGGGAAAUCCUAAAGUUUAGCAAAGAUGCUCCUCUAUGUGAAUCCAUGGCAAAUGUGCUUAAUCUCAAAGAGCAGAAGGGAAGUGUUGAAAUUGGGUCUUCAGUUGUUGAGGAUAAUAGUGAGGAGCCCUUAUCAUCUGGCUCUUUCUUGGCAGCUGUUACUUCUGAGGAAAGUGAAUUUUCAGUAAAGGAAUUCAAGCCAGAUGGUUUGCCUGGACAUUGCAGAAAUUUCAAUCCAAUGCAUACACUGCAGUGUUACCCUGUUCCCCAAUGGGCUUACCAUUGGAACCAAGGUUGGCAUACAAUGAUGUUUGGACUCAAUAACUGUAUCUCUAAUAGUACUCAUAUGAGUUCUACACCUGUGGUGCCAGUUCCUGGCUUUUCUGCACCAAGUAUUACAUUCCCAUUUCUACCUGCCUCGUACUGGGGUUGCAUUCCAAGCUGGGAUACGAGGAAUUGGAAUACACCAUUGGUUGGAUCUACUGGCAGCUCAUCAGCUUCAUCUUCUACCAGCAACAACAGCUGUUCAGGUAAUAGCUCACUGAUCUUGGGAAAACAUUCAAGGGAUGCAAAUUCACAAAUUGAAGACACAAUGGAACAGAAUCUUUGGGUACCUAAGACACUGAGAAUUGAUGACCCAGAAGAGGCUGCAAAGAGUUCCAUAUGGUCUACGUUGGGUAUUAGGCCUGAUAAGGACAAGCCCAUCAUCAAAGGUGGUAUAUUUAAAGCUUUCCAAUCCAAAUCAGACGCCACUUCCCAUACAUCAGAUACUGAUCAGGUUUUACAAGCAAAUCCAGCAGCUUUUUCUCGCUCCCAAUCUUUCCGAGAAAGUACUUAAAAAUUGUGGAGUUUUAAAAUGUAGAAAUUAUCUUUAUGUUUUGGUGGUCAUUAAAAGGACCAAGGAAACCUGUGUUGUAUUAUGAAGUGCACAGGGCAUGCUGUCAUUUUUGUGUAUGUUAUGGCUACAUCAUGAGUUAAUAUUGUUUUAGAAGAGUGCAGUCGCCCUGGAGGCCCUCUUACUUGUGUAAUCUUGAUAACCAGUUCGAUAUAGAUGUGGGAAGAUCUAUUUGGGAAGUAAGUAGCCCCUUUUGGUCA